AUGCAGGAUUUUUCCGUUAAUGUGGAUGAUAUUCUCAGUGAAGGACUUAUGCCGGCUGCUCUGCUGAGUGGGGAAGAGUUCCACGAAGAAGUGGCCAGUGGUCGUGAAGAUCGUCAAGAUGGGAUUGAUCUUGUAGGCUGGAAUCGCACAGAGGAUGGAAGCUGGGGCAAUGCCUUCUCCACGAUGCUCUUCCACAGAGAUAAAAUAAAUGAAUACAAAUGCAGCAAUUUCCUCACGGAUAAUCUCAUUGCGGAAAUGUUUCCUAAUUCGAGAAUCCUGAAUAAACGACUGGGAGUGGUAGCUGGUAAUGCGUCCUUGGAUGUUGCUAAAGGUCCUCCUCCCGCACAGAAUAUGCUGCAUGACGAAGGAUCAUCUGCCUACAGCCACUGGUUGGAUAAAUCCACAACACUUGAGGACAUUUACAACAACUACAUGAGGAAGAAUAGCAGCUUAGGUGCUGCUAGAAGACGAACUGAUAGGAUCUUUGACCACAAUCAUGCAGAAUAUGAAGACUGGGAGACAGAUUACGAGGAAGGAGACAUAACAGGCUACGCAGUGCACAACCCUCCAGUUUCGGAAGUUCACGAAGACAACGGGGAGCAUCAUUUGAAUCAUGGAGAACUGGGUCAUCCAGGUAGUGACAGCAUGACCUACUCUUAUGGGAAUAAUGAGCACAACUACAACACCCACAUGCAUCCGCAAGUAACGGCAGGAAGCCCACCUAUCACAUUUUCAUCUCCUUUCUACACCUUGAGCUACCCUCCUAUCUCUGUCGACGACUUUGGGAAGAACUUUCAUCUCAAUUCUGAUUUUCUCAAUACAAAUGAGGUCCUUACUGCUCCAGGCUAUUACGAACAUGAUGAUUACCCAAUGAUGGAGUCGAAAUUUGGAAAAGCUUUGGGACUUAAGGAUCUCUUUGAAAUUGCCCUAACAACGUUGGCUUUCCUCUCCUUUGGAAUGUUUCUCCUUCACGUUAUCAUGUGCAUCACGAUGGGAACCAAUAACAACAACAUGAUGAUGAUGCCGAUGGAUAUGCCCCCGGAAACGGAGGAAAUUCGUGGAAAACGCGAAGCUCCUUAUUCACUAACUGCAAGGAUGAAUGAUCUGGCAAGGAUAACUCUCAUGUCUAUUGAUGCUGCUCAAAUUGCACACAAAGACAAAGGAGAAUGCCUUCAUUUGGCAAUUUGCGAAAACAACAGACUUUCCAGGACAUUUAAGGAUUCAUCCAAAUACUGGAUCCCCCUGUGGAGUCUCGGGAUGACGUGGUAUUCAACAAGAGUCCUCAAGGAACAAUCAAUGAUGGUAUCUGUUAUUGAUAGUCUCAAAGCUGCCCUUCUUGGCCUAGGAGGAGCCGACUGCUCAAAACAAUUUUCAAAAUGUGACUAUACACAUCAAAAGAACCAGAAGAUUCUCAUAAGGAAGAAGCGUAAAGCUGAGAAUUAUGUUUUUAACUGGAGCAUUUAACUGCACAUGUUUCUGUUUUUGUUGCAGUAAGACAAGGUAGAUAAGCAGCACUUUUUUUAU